AAGAUGCAGUGGCAUCCUGAGCAAAGCCAGUGGGCCGAACAGCAUUUUGACAUCUCCUCGACCACGUGCUCUCCAGCCCACAAGGCCGAGCCCUACCGCGUAGUACCCGGCCACCUGCAGUGCUCCGCCGCCUACCAGUACGCCUGGGCCAACGAUGACAUCUCGGCCCUCACCGCCUCCAACAUGCUGAAGAAAUACGCAGAGAAAUAUUCCGGCAUCCUGGAAUUACCCGUCUCUUAUCCCGAAGCCUCCGGUGUCCCCGGAGGGCUAAACGGACGGAAGGGGGAACCGGAACCCUGGCAGGACGGCGUCUAUCCAAUGAGCUGCAUACCCGAGGUGGUUCCCAUCCGCAAGGGAGGGGUCGCAGCAGCCUCUGAAGUGGGAACUGGUUUGUGCAGCUCUCCUGGUCUUGCCUCCAGCACUCUGAGUGAGCCCAGCUACUCCAGCAGCAGCUGCGGAAGCCACACCUCCACCACACUCCACUCGUCCUCAUUGCCGUCUCAGGAAUUUGGCGUCGCUUACAGCGGUCCCUACUUGCACAGUAGUUACAAUUCCCAGUCUGUGCCUGCCCCGGCACAUCCCUCCCUGCAGCCCCCUCCGCCACCAUCUCACUCUACUUACAAUGGAAGUUCCCCAAACUUGUCCAGUUAUAAUUACCCCACCGCAGGAUACCCUGGCCAGAGCUCAGUCGGGCCUGGAUACAGCACCGGGGGAGCGCCCCCGCCGUCCUCAUACCUCCCCUCGGGCAUUGCCGCACCAACGCCCCUCCCCCCGUAUCCAUACCAUAACCAUAACUUGACCCCAAUCACCCCGAGUCCUCUUAACAGUUGCUCCUCCAACUUGCUGAAGAGGAAAGCCUUCUACGUGACAGGCCAGGGAGAUAUGGACUCCUCUUAUGCAAGCUUUGGCUAUGAACAGACUCGAAGCUCAACCGAGAGCCCGAUGUACAGAGUGGCUGACAGCAGCAGCACAAACAGAAGCUGUAAUAGUCCUAAUGGGCGUAGUUUUGAUCGGAGUGCUGAGAAGCCAUCUCUGCCCUUUAAUCCACAAAAGCAGUCCACAAUCGCUUCGGAGCAGCAGCAGAGAAAGUAUGGCAGCCAGGCAACGAGCAACCCACUCUCUCCGCCAGCCUAUGUCACUUCCUCACUCGGGGGUGCUCGCAUGGCAAACUCCCUCGUCAACUUUAUAACGCCGCCCCUCAGCGAACAAACUGCCGAAGAUCAUCGUAUCCGUCACUCCCGUUCAAAGGCUCCCUCCUCUUCAACCAUGUCCUCCUCAGGCUCUGCUGAAGAGCAGCUAAAAACCUGUGACCCUCACCUCUUGGACUUGGUAACCUCUGAAAUUGUUCAGCGGGGCCUUCCCAUGGACUGGAGUGACAUUGCAGGAUUAGAACUGGCCAAAGCAACCCUGAAAGAGGAGGUUCUAUGGCCCAUUCUACACCCUGACAUGUUCAGAAACUUAGGGCCCACCCCACGCUGUGUGCUGCUGUUCGGCCCAAGAGGCAGCGGCAGGACGUUGCUCGGCCGUUGCCUGGCCAUCCAGCUCGGGGCUUCGUUCCUUCGACUCAGUGGGUCUACUUUAGUCACCAAGUGGCUGACAGAUGGCGAGGAGGUUAUCCGAGCGUCCUUCCUGGUAGCGCGCUGCCGUCAACCAUCUGUACUGUUCAUUAGUGAGGUGGACGUGCUGCUUUCGGCGCAACUCGGUGAAGAAAGUCCCAUUAACAGACUAAAGGGGGAGCUACUUUCCCAGCUGGACUCACUUCUAAUGGGCUCAGGGGUGGAUGGACGGCACCAAGUGAUUGUGGUUUGCUCCACAAGCAGACCCCAGGACAUAGAUGAGGGAUUGCACAGGUACUUUGCUCGCCGGGUUUUGGUAUCCCUGCCCGAUAGCGCGGCCCGGCACCAAAUGGUCAGCCGGCUCCUCACCCGAUCCCGCCACAAGUACUGCAUGAGCGAGGAGGAGCUGGCGCUGCUGGUCCGAAACACUGAAGGUUUCUCGGGACUUGACCUGUCCAGACUUUGCCAGGAGGCCCACGUGGGUCUGUUACACAUAUCCACACAACAGGGCAUGGAGAUGGCCAGUAUGAUUAGGCCGCUAACCUACCAGGACUUUGAGAGGGUCUUUUGUAAAUUUCAUCCCAGUGCAUUGCAAAAAGAGAUCGAUAUACACACUGAGUGGAACAAAAUGUUUGGAUGCAGACAAUAA